AUGGAAUCAGCCCAACCGCUUGACGCAUCUCAAUUGAGAUAUCAAUAUACCACCACACCCCGAGAGGUGCCCGAUGCUGAAAUUCUGGCCAAAAACAAGCAAACUAUUUGUACAGACCAUAUGAUUGUUGCAUCUUGGGAUGUGAACAGCGGCUGGUCUACUCCAGAGCUCAAACCGUAUGGCCCGUUCAACCUUCUUCCCACCGCAUCCUGCCUUCACUAUGCCUACGAAUGCUUCGAGGGACUCAAGGCCUAUCGAGGACACGAUGGAAAGCUACGAAUGUUCCGAUCCGACCGGAAUUCCCAACGCCUUUUGAUGUCCUCUGAGCGAAUCUCCCUCCCUAAAUUCGAUCCGAUCGAGCUGGAAAAACUUAUCUAUACCUUGGUUUCGGUGGAUGGUGCGAGAUGGCUUCCAAAGACUCGCGCUGGGGACUUCUUAUACGUCCGCCCAACGAUCAUUGGCACAGACUCCCAGAUUGGCGUUGCAAAGCCAACGGCAGCUCUACUCUACAUUAUUCUCGGAUAUAUGCCUCGCGUGGAUCAACCAGUUGGUGGGAAACGACUGAUGACAAACCCCGAUGAUGUAGUCCGCUCAUGGGUUGGCGGAUUCGGUUAUGCAAAAGUUGGCGCGAAUUACGGACCGUCGUUGCAAGCCACAGAAGCAGCCUACCGCCAAGGCUAUCAUCAGAUCCUAUGGUUGUAUGGUCCCAACGGUGACUGCACCGAGGCAGGCGGGAGCAACUUUUUUGUGGUUUGGAAGCGUAAGGAUGGCAAGAAGGAGCUGAUAACAGCUCCCUUGGACGACCAGCUGAUCUUGGAUGGUGUCACUCGAAGAAGUUGCCUUGACUUAGCGAAAGAUAGACUGGAAGAUGAAAUUGAAGUCACUGAGCGUAAAUUUACAAUUGGUGAGAUCCAGGAGGCGGUUUCAGAAGGUCGUCUUCUGGAAGCGUUUGCCGCCGGCACAGCUGUGAGUUCUGACUCAUAG